AUGGAGGGCUGGCUCACCAAGCGCCGCGACCACAUGAACCUCAUAUGGCGGGACCGGUACUUCCUCUUGGACGGCAAUCAGCUGCGCUACUUCCGUAAACGGGGCGACUUGGCUCCUCGCGGGACGUACAUUCUGACGGACAAUUGUGUCGUGAGUCCCGUGUUUAACUCGGAGGAGAAGCACAAGCACCACGGACCUGUCUGGAUGUUCCGCAUCACGUUCUGUGCGGUCGGAGACGCUACUCCCAGCGGCAGUAGCGGCAUGGAAAGGUCGUACAAGAAGGACCGGUUCUUGGACCUUGGUGCCAAGAGUGAAGAGCACGCGAGGGAGUGGAAACGCGCUCUUGAGAACGCCGUGCGCUCGCUCCAGGAGCUCGUGGCGCAUCAGCGCAAACUCAAGACGGACGCCGAGAUCUUUCCAACGCCCACGCACGUCCCGAGGAUGCUCAAAACGGACGAAGAUACCGUGUCGCUGUUUAACUUGGACGCGGAUAAUGUCAAGGCCGAGCAGGCGUGGUGGCUCGCACGGGUGGAAGGGGGACUGCGGAUCAUGCAGGAGUGUCCGUUAGGGCCAAACGUGGCGGCGAAUUUGUACGCGCAGCACGCAGCAACGACGAACGGACUGAUCCUGAGCGCUCUGCUCGGUGCUGCACUGAGCUUCAGCAGCAUGUACUCGUUCGCGAACAACAUGCUGCUGAGUUUCCUGACUGCUCUUGGAGCGAUUGUCGUGUGCUGUGUCGCCGUGACGCCAACACAAGCGCCUGAGAUCCCGAGCUUCCGUGUCUCUCAAGUAGUGCACGGAUCGCCGACUGAAGUCUUUCGACUUAUUAUGAACUCGAAGCGAUUCCAGCGAUGGGAUGCAGCAACUGCGACGUUGCGUGUGGUACAGCAGCUGGAUAACAAUGCGGACAUUGUCUACGUGACACAACGUCCGACACGCUUGUGGCCGCUGUGGCAGAAAGCUCGUGAUCUUGUGUUCAUGCGCUACUGGCGACGCGAAGAAGAUGGAUCGUACUUUGUCAUGUAUCAGAGCAUUGACCACCCUGAAUGCCGCGUGCGUCACAACUACGUGCGAGCAGAUAUACUGGGUGGCGGUUUUGUGAUUGCGCCGCAACGCGUUCCCAGUGGAUCCAUUCGCACGCUCGUAACCUACGUGCUCCGGUACGACCCUGGCGGCUGGUCACGCAUUUACCAUCAACUCGGCAUGGAUGUGGACUUGGUCAUGCCCAUGUUGCGCAGCGUGAUUGGCAUUCGUGACGAAAUGAGCGCCACGGACUUUAUCACUCCUAACGUCUCAAUGGCGCCCGAUGGUGAGGACGAGGAAGCAGGUGCGGACCGGGACUCGGCUGUCACGCAGCGGACAAGCGUGGACUCGAUGGGUGUUGUCAUGGGUGUGCAGAAGCUGCCGACCACUAGUCUACCGGAGUCAAUGUGGGCCGAGCCCGACGCGUCGCUAUUCAGUGUGCGUGGACACAACUACUUGAAUGACAAGAAGAAGAUCCCAUCAGCGCCAGCGAUGUUCCACGUCGUGGGUGUGGACUUGCUGUCGUUCGAGAGCGCAGCUGAGCGAUACGAUAUUUCGUCUCGUGUCGACAGCAUUGGCCGCACCAGCCCCAAGUUUACGUUUGUCGUGAACAUGAUCAUCCCGGGUCCAGAAAACACGUGCAUGGUGUUCUACUUCCACCCUGCACGUGACAAUGUGUUCGAAGACGGCUCGCCAUUUUCCGAGCUACUGAACGACUUCUUCGAUGGCGACGACCAGUUUCGGAACUCGCGCUUCAAGCUCAUUCCUACUGUCGCAGAGGGCAGCUUUAUCAUCAAGCAGUCUGUUGGAUCCAAGCCGACACUGCUGGGCAAUAAGCUGAAGUGCCUGUAUUACCGUGGCGGGAACUACUUCGAGGUGGACAUCGACAUCUCGUCCAACUCGGUUGCCAAUACUGUCGUGGGAAUGGUACAAGGUGUAACCAAGUCGUUGGUGGUGGACAUGGCGUUCCUGCUCGAGGCUCAGUCCGAUGAAGAGCUGCCUGAAAUUAUCCUUGGUGCAGUUCGCUUGCAGCAUGUUUCUCUAGACAAUGCCCGUCGCGCGCCAAAGCUUUCGUCAUCGAACAUUGAGUCGUAA